AUGUUUUAUUUUCACUGCCCACCUCAGCUGGAAGGGUCUGCCCCAUUCGGGGGUCAUUCAGCUGCAGAGUUUGAUGAUGGAUUUCUGCGCAGGAAACAGAGGAGAAACCGAACCACUUUCACAUUGCAACAGCUGGAAGCCUUAGAAGCGGUGUUUGCUCAGACACAUUAUCCUGAUGUAUUCACCAGGGAAGAGCUGGCAAUGAAGAUCAACCUGACAGAAGCCAGGGUACAGGUUUGGUUCCAAAAUCGCAGAGCAAAAUGGAGAAAAACUGAACGGGGCAGCUGUGAUCAGGAUAUGGCAAAAGAAACGACCCCAGAGGUGACCUCCCCAGGCAGAAACAUCAGUUCCCCCACAGGAGAACCAGCAAGAAACAAGAAAGAAAAUGUAGAAAUACAACAAAGAUGUUUGUCCCAUGACAGAGCGGUGGGUCCGGCCACCUCCUUCUUCCCGUCCUGUCUUCCAGGAGCUCUUCUAAACACUGCGAGUUAUGCCCAAGCUCUGUCCCACGUAGCUUCCCUAAAAGGUAGUCCUCUGUGCUCUUGCUGUGUGUCAGACCCCCUGGCCCUCUCCUUCCUCCCCCCUUACAGCUGCCAGAGUCAUCGCACAGCUAGUGUUGCGGCCCUUCGAAUGAAGGCGAGGGAGCACUCCGAAGCCGUUCUGCAAUCUGCACAACUCCUUCCUCCGACUGGAAGUAGCCCAGUGAGCUCAGCACCUGCUCCACUGGAGGGCGUUCAAGAAAGGGCCCCACAGGGACAAGAACAGAGUGAGCCAGACAAAAACGUAUGAGGAGGAGUCUUCUGUGCAGUUCACUGUGUAUGAAGCAUACUAGCCACCCUCAGGGGCAGAACCACUUGU